AUGUUUGCCAGAGUAAAUAGAUUGAUAUUUGGUAGACCCAACAUAUCAUCAUCUAUCACUUCCAAUAUAAUCAAAUCAUCACAAAUCAUCAAAACACAACCAUUCUCCACAUCAUUGGUGAAUCAACAAGGACCAUCUAUUUCAUCUACAUUAAACAAACAUGGACUUCAAUCCAAGAAAAUCUCCGCCAACAAUAGUGCCACUGAACGUGUUGUUUUUUGGAAAUUAUAUGCUCAUUUUAAUAAACAUAAUACUAGAUGUCAAUUAGUUGCCGUAGUUGAAGAUAUUAAAUUCAUGGAAAAUAAUCCUCAUUUAUCAUAUAAUGAACAAGUAUUAUAUUAUUUACAAUUACCUCAUAAAACAAAAGUAACAAUAUCUGCUGGUCAAUUGGGUUUUAGAAAAUCUCAAAGACAAGAAUAUGAAGCUGGUUUCCAAGUUGCAACUAAAAUGUUUCAAACUAUUCAAGAACAAAAUUUAAUUGGUCCUGAUGAAAAAGUAGAAAUCGUGAUGAAGAAUUUUGGUAAAGGUAGACAAGCAUUUCAAGAUGCUUUAUUAGGUAAAGAAGGUUCAGCUCUUAGAAAGAAUGUGGUAAGAAUGACUGAUGCAACUGUUUUGAAAUUCGGGGGGUCUCGUUCAAAGAAACUCCGUCGUUUAUAG